AUGACAUUAAUAGUGAACCCAUUUGAUAAGAAGUUUGUUUGGGUUAUAAAGAAUUUUUCAUCUUUGCAAUUACAAGAUUGUUAUGUUUCUGUUCCAGUUCUGAUCCGUGACGUCAAAUGGCGUCUAUUUGUCUACCCUGAGGAAAAUACUGGUGAUCACUUGUCUCUGUAUCUGCAAGUUGAUUUCGCAUCAAUGUCUUGUGGGUGGAGACAAUAUACACAAUUCCACUUAACUGUGGUUAAUCAACUAUCCGAGCAACUCUCGGUAAAGAAAGAGGGACGAAAGUGGUUUGAUAAGAAAGCUCCUGAUUGGGGUUGGGAAGACAUGAUUCCUCUAACAAAACUUAAUGAUACAAAGAGUGGCUUCUUGGUGAACGGAGAGCUGAUGAUUGUUGCUGAAGUAGAAACUUUUGAAGCUAUUAGCACAUCACAAGUUGCAAAUAUUAGUGAUGAUAGUGAAUGGACAGUUCUUGAUUACUAUUCUUCAUCUGAAGAUGACAAGGAGGAUCUAACUGUUGUGAUCAAGGGCUUCCAUGUUCUUGAUUCACAAGUUAAUCAAGUGAAGGAAAUCUUUGAGAAACAUCCAGAUCUUGCAUCGAAUCUCAAUUCAAAGAAUCAAAAUCUCAAGAAUGUUUACAUGAGCUUUCUUCUUGAGUUAACCAAGACACUGAGCAAGUCACCUAAGGACUUCACUAAGGAUGACAUAAAUUUGGCAGUUAGUAUGAUUUUUGAUCUGUCAAAAGCAGGCUUCAUGUUGGAUUAG